AUGAAGAGACAGGUAGCUCUUUUACAUAUCUGUAGACGACGAGUUUUGGCCUCAUCAGUGCGAUUUACGUCCACGGGUUCGGAUGGAAGCGAGAAACCACCAAAGUCGGGGAACUUGCCCGUGCCCGAAGGCACAUUGUCGGCCACAGCUUUUGCCGAUUGUACAAAUUGUGGUAAACCUUUGAAGGGUGCUCCAACUGUUAAUUGUAAGUGUUUUUUAUUGAUUUUGUUUGGUUUUUAGGUGUUGUGGUCACAAAGAAACUAAUUCUUUAAAAUAACUAGAAAAUAAUGUUGAUGAAGUUAGUUUGAUGUAUAAUUUGAGUGUUUUAGCGUCUAGUCACUAUCUAAGAUGUUCGGAAUGCCAAAGAUUGUAUUCUACUGGUCGUAGCAGGUCAGAACAAAAGGGAAACGGGCUCAAGCAACAGGAUAACGUCUUGAAAAGACCUCCAUACCCACAAGAGGUAGGUUACUAUAAUUUUUUGAUGUUUUUAUAUAAAAUUGUUGUUGAAUCAUUUUGAAACUUUAAAAUAUUAUAAUUAAAACACUUUUUAUUAUUUUUUAACAAUAGUUAUCAAUUAUCUUCUUCUGAUAAACUUUUUAUAACAUAAAGUAUGAAUAUAAAUCAAUAUAUUUAAAAUAAAUCUUAUUUUCAGAUAUUCAACUACUUGGAGCGUUACGUAGUUGGUCAAAAGGAAGCAAAACGAACGCUAUCAGUUGGUGUGUAUCAACAUUACAGGCGAUUGUCGAAUAACAUUGAACGGAAGCUUCAAAAGCAACAGAGCAGCAGUGCAGCACAGCUUAACAUUGGGGGUAUACAUCCAGCAAAUCAGUUCAACGGCACGUUUGGCACACCGCACAUUAGUUCUAUACCUAAUCAGUUUCACGAUCGUGAGUUUUGCUUUCUAUUUUGUGUUGAUUUUUAGGUGUAUAUUGACUUUCGUUAUCUUUAUGGCCAUUUAUUUUGGUUUAGGCCUUCGAAAGGUCAAGGAAAAUAUUUUUUGAUCUUUUUAUGCUUUCUAGUACGUAAGAUAACAAUGAAUGGUAUUUUAUAGAUUUCACGGUGUCAGAAUCACAUCCAACACCAAACACAACUCAUUUAACUUAUCAUCCCAGCCGAGGGCCGCCAAUUACGUCAAACGAGCCACAGAGCCAUAUACCUGAUCAUGAAGCGGCUUUCAAGCGAAUGAAGGAAGAUGAAGAGAUGAUUCGGCUGGAGAAGAGUAAUAUCAUGCUCUUGGGACCCAGUGGAGUCGGGAAAACCUUUGUGACACAGGUAAAAUACGGAUUUCUUUAGUUUUAUGAAUUUAAGCUGUUCAAAUAAUUUUGAGCUUUUAAGAUUGAAAAUUUGUUUUGAGAAGAGGCGCAGAAUCUUUUGAACAACCUAAUAUAAUACCUAUUUCUAGGUCCUAGCCCGAAUCCUCGACGUUCCAAUAGCCCUGUGUGAUUGUACGUCAAUGACUCAAGCUGGCUACGUAGGUGAAGAUGUGGAGUCGGUUCUCCAGAAACUGCUCCAAAAUGCCAAUGGCAAUGUGGAACGAGCGCAACAAGGUAUCGUAUUCUUGGAUGAGGUGGAUAAGAUCGCUGCGACAGGUGAUAACGGCUCACAUGCGUAUCGUGACGUAGCUGGCGAAGGUGUACAACAUGCUUUGCUCAAGUUGGUGGAGGGCACGGUGGCUAACGUUAAAAGCGGCAGGAAAGCGCCGGGACAACAGGUAUGGUUUUGGAAGUUUAAAAUUUUGAAUUUUAGGUAAUAUUUUUGAAUUUCAAGGGUUUUUUGAGGGGAAAUGAAUGUUUGGGUAACAAAUUGUGAAUUUUGUUAAUGAUUUUGCGUUUUUUGGUAAAAAUUGUACUAAGACAAUGUCAUUUUAGGUAACAAAUUUUAAAAUUUGUGAGAAAAUAAACUUUUAGGUAACAUAUUUGGACAAUUUUAGGCAAAAUGCAAUUUUUUAGGUAACAGUUUUACGAAAAAAUAAUAUUUUAGGUAACAAUUUUGAAAAAAGUAAUAAUUUAGGUAACAAUUAUGAAAUUUUUUUCAGGACACGGUACAAAUGGAUACGACCGAUAUCCUCUUUGUCUCAUCGGGUGCCUUCACUGGCCUCGAAAAGAUUGUGGGCCAAAGGCUGGACAAACGUGCCGUGGGCUUCGGUUCCGCUUCCAACUUUCAUUCGAUCACAACCGACGACAAGGUCCAAGCCGAAAUCAACCAAAAACGCGACAAAUUGUUGUCGGAAGCGGACCAGGGAGACUUGAUCAAGUUUGGAAUCGUGCCAGAACUUGUUGGCCGCUUCCCAGUCAUCGUGCCGUUCCACUCGUUUAACCGGGAGAUGUUGGUGAGGGUGUUGACAGAGCCCAAGAACUCGUUGCUCGCUCAGAUGAAGACUCAGUUCGCGAUGGAUGGGGUAAGAAUAAGAUUAUAUUGAGUUAGAUAUGUAUGGUUGGUAGAGUAAUUGUAGGUCAAGGUUGGUUUUUUAGAGAUGGGUGGUUUUGCCAUUUUAUAUAACAUCUACUUCAGGUCCAACUAGAAUUCGUACCAGAAGCCCUAGAAGAAAUCGCUGCACUAGCCCUGGAACGAAAAACCGGCGCCCGUGCCCUCCGGUCAAUAAUCGAAAAAGUCCUCCUUCUGGCCAAAUUCGAAGUCCCAGGCAGUGACAUCGAGAAGGUUACAGUAACUCGCGGCUGUGUGAAAGGCAAUGGCUCCUACGUGUACAGUAGACGCACGGAAGAGGACUCAUCGAGCGAUCUGGACGAGAAACGAUCGGCCGUCUGUGCCUAA